AGAGAUUGUGUCCACUCAGCAGUGCUAAGUGAACAGCUAGAGACGAAUAAAAUUAAAAAAAUGAGUGAAGAGAGGGCAGAAAGACACUCCACUGACAGACUGGAGUCCCCCCUACACACCACAGGGGAGGACUUCCCAGAGGGGGGAAUAGUGCCAAUGAGAAUGCAAAUGCUCUCGACAUGGGAAGUUAGGAAAGUCCCACCCAACUGUGUCUCAAGGUUGUGUGUGCUGACUGUGACCAGGCUGCAAGUUGUACGUCCGUUAGAAUCAGGUACUGGAUCAGUGGUUCUGUCAGCGUCAAUGAAGACACCUCAUCGAGUGCUCAGGUCCAAUCAGAUCAACCUGCGUACCAACGGAGUCCUCGACGUUCCCCUGGAGUGGACCUACUCACUGCAGUACCCUCACUUCCUGAAGAGGGGUGGAAAUGUGCUCCAGAUUCGCCUCCAACGGCGUAAGAGAGUGGGCAAUCGUCCCCUCGGUGGCUACAAGACACUGGCUAUCGGCAAAGUUGACAUGUCUCAAGUGCUACAACACAGCUUUCAAGGAGAAGUCAAACUCGUCUCUGAGAAAGUAUCAGAGCAUCUAGCCACGGUGACUGUAAGGUCGUUAUCCAGCACAGCAGUUGCCUUGGAUCGAAGAACCAAUGAAGCCUCCAGUGAAGAGGAUGAUGAUGAUAUCUUCUCUGAUGAUCUGGCUGAGCAUGUGUCAGACUCUGAGAGCGGUGGCGAGGAACAAGCGUUUGCAGAUCCAGUUGCUCAUGAGAAAGGGCGAAGAUUCAUGCCAUCGACGGCAGCUAUCUUGCGUCUACUUCGUCGUAGUCGUCCAUUUAAAAGAGGUCACCAUGACCCGGUGGGGGAGCUACUGGAGGAGGCAGAGGGGGUGGAGUUUAGAGAGUCCUCGGUCGCGUUUGCUUCCUCUCCUUCUGACAGUGAUGAUGAGAUCAGUGGGGGCGUGGCACCCUCACCUCCAAGACCUACCCUCAGUCCAUUCUUUGGCUCUGAUCGGUGCUCAAUGGUCAGUCUGCCCACCUCUGCCAAAUCUGCUGAGUCCAUGGUCAGACGUAGGCCAGAGGAGAGUAGCCUAUUCUCUAGGAAAUAUGACUCUCUGGAGAGGGCCACUCAUAUUGAUAAUAGAAUGAAUUCCCCCAUUCUGUCUGGUGGAGAUGAUCAUGAUCGCUAUGACUGGGACUUUGCGCGUGGGCGGCUGUGGUGUGUGGUGGAGGGAUUGCUAGGGAGUGGGGCAGUGGCGAGGGGACUGGAGAGAGAGGGGGAGGUGGUCCAGUGGGUGCAGGGAGACAAGGACACUGUCUCUAAGCUCAUGUCUCUCAUGAACACUCUGCACAAGGAGUGGAGAGACAGACGACCAUUCACAGUGGUCCUGGUGGGUAACGAUGCCCUAGUGUCGAGUGCUGUACAGGCCCUAGUAGCUGCCAGCUGUUCCCCACAUAUUCUACACUUUGCCAUCAUACCCACUGCUGCUGGUCUGAUGUCUACUCGUCUGUCCAGUCUGGAUAAUCAGUUCCUCGAGGCGUUUCCUCUGGGGGGAUCCUGGAUAGAGGCUUUGCAAGAUAGUGUCGACCACCUCCUUGGGUACAUCCAGAGUGCCGAGCACAGUCUUCCCCUCCCACUUGCCCAGGCCAUCAUUCAGAGACCACUCAAGGAGCUCGGUGCCUAUGAGGAGGUCUUUCUACCAUUCAUGUGUAAUGUGAGCAUUGGAGCAUGGGAGAAUGAGCCAGCCCCUGACUCCACCCCCCUCUCCCCUCCUGGCAACACCAGUCAGACAACGGUGGACUAUCCCGAGAUCUUACUAGAGUUUUGGAGCCCCAGAGGACAAAAGUCACACCAGGGCAGUGUGAAGGUCCGCAGUGUGAUAGUCUCCUGUGCUGACUCAGUUCUCAAUGUCACCGCAACCAAAGACAAGAAAACAAAAGGCAUCAGAAUAAGAAAGCCUAAAGAACCUGAAGCUGGUGGUUCAAUUGUUAGUUUGACUGCCACUCAGCUGAUCUGUCGUCCUGUCACGAAACUGAAAGCAGAGGGUGGUGUGAGUGUCGCUGUGGAUGGUGUGGAGCGUGAGGGUGUGAGUCUUGUGAGGCUCUCCGCUAACUGGGAGCACACACUCAACAGAACAUUCUCACUAGCUAUUACUAGCACACUGGACAGAAUCAAUUAACACUUACUUUUUGUGCAAAUAUUUCACCACAGUACAUGUAUAAUUGUUUUUAUUUUUAUGAGUGGGUGUUGACA